CGCAUGAAGAAGGCGUUUAGCAGUCGUGUUGUUGCUACAUCCGACACUACUGCGCACUUUGGGCCUCCACGUUGCUUUCGCGGACUGGACGCAAACAUCAUGAAGGGGCGUGUUGUUUCAGCGCUUUCUGUUAUCUUCUUCAUAAUGAACGGUUGUGUGGUGGCGGCCCUACAGUGCUAUUCCUGCUCAACUACUCAAGUCAACUCCUCAGUCUGUGGCAGGCGUGUGACCAAAACUGACCUGACCACAUGCGGGGAAUCAGGGAAGUUUUGCUAUGUUGAUGUGGUGACAGUGGGAUCUGUCCCCAUCUGGUUGGAGCGUGGCUGUACCGGCAGCUGUGCCGUGUCUGACACCUGUAGGAGCAGUAGUGACGGUACCGGGGUCUGUAGGGACUGUUGUCAGGGGGAGGGGUGUAACAGUGGGGUUCCUAACACUGACUGGACAGGACCCGAUCGUGCAGUGACCAGUUGUGGAGGGACGUUUUUGGAAGAUUCUGGCACCAUCUCGUCCCCAGGU